AUGGUGGAUAGUUGUUCGAGAGAAAAUGGAGUCCUGUGCAAUGUAGCACGAUCAUGGUCAUUGUUCCUUCACGACGAGAGUGAAUGGAAAAAUUUGGAAUCAAAUAUUACUUGAGGUGUUAAUGAAUUACACCAAACAUUUUGAUUUUAGCAGUUCUUUAACGGCAAGCUGUGUUGCAAGAUUCAUGAGUUGUUGAUUAGGCCGAUUGUAUUUUUCUGGAUUGGUUUGCUCGGUGCUAUCUCGAUCUCUAGAUGAAUGUCUGAUUAAAAUUAACUAUGGACGAUAUUGUAUAUGGUUCCGAUGGCUGGAGAAAGUGAUCUUGUGAAGUCGUUCGUGUUUGGCCAUGGACGAAUUCAGAUACCAUCGUUGGCAUGUUUAUUUGAUUUUGUUAUCUGGAAUGAAUGAUUUACGGAGGUAAGUUAAUAUGAUGUAAUCCACUAACGUCGAAAAUGUAUCAAGUCCAAGGAACAGUUUUGGUCUCAAUCCGCAUUUGUGUCGACAAAAUAAACACAUACUACUUAAAAGAUAAUAAUACGGACCACGUGCAAAGCUGUCAUUGUUUCUCAAAUAUUGCGUGCGUUAAAUAUUCAAUAGUGACAUCUCAUUUACAUCUACAUCUACUUUUAUUGUUAGUAAAAUCUGUACAGACAUCACACCAAACAACUCGUGCGCAAAGGGAGAAGACUAUACGAAGGCUUGAAAUUAUAUUAAGAUCGACUUUGAUCAAGAAACGGGCUAGGAAUAUUCCACAAUAGUGCAAAUAAUCGUGAAAGGUGUCACGGAGGAGCGAUUGCGUGACGCUCGGUAAGUUGUAAGAUAACAUGCUAUCACAUACCAGACGAAAAAACUCUUUAGAUUCUCAUUCUGCAUUUUGUAACCACUCUGCAGUCAACAUUUUGUACCUAGUCUACAUUUUGUAUCCGGUCUGCAGUCUGCAUUAUGUACUUACAGGUAUCCGUGGCACCAAUACAGUUUAUUUUCAGUUACAGUUAUUCGCACAACACAUACAAUCAACCAAAAAAUACCUGUGUGAGAUUUAAUUCGGCAUUUUCGUUCUUUUUCGCGUUAAUACUCUUCUUUCCUUUUGUAAAAAUGUAGACAUCACAUACAAUGUUUCAAGUAAUCCACCCACCCCCAAAAAAUAAUUCUUGCAUGCAUAGCAUGCCUAUGUUUUUUCAAACUGCUUUGUUUUUAUCAGCUCCCUUUUCCUUCUCAGCUUGUUAUUAUGAAUGCAAGGCAAAGGAAAAUGGAAUCAAAUACACAUGUAAUGAACUGAAGGUCCUGGGUCAUUUUUGAGUUAUUUAAAAAAAAGAUAAUAAUAACUCUAUGUUAGUGUCAGGAACCAUUAAGGUAUCUGUGGCACCAAUACAGUUUAUUUUUGGUUACAGUUAUUCGCACAACACAUACAAUCAACCAAAAAAUACCUGUGUCUGAGUUUACUCGACAUUCUUGUUCUUUUCUGUUAUAAUACUCUUUCCUUUUGUAAAAAUGUAGACAUCACUUAAAAUUUUUCAAUUCAUCCACCCAUCCAAAAAAUAACAGAGCAUGCCUAUGUUUAACAAAAGUCAGUAUGAUUGAAGUGAAAUGCAGAUGUAUUUAGAAACCACUGUUUACCAGGGUAUCAUUGGAGAACACAGCAAAAUAAACCAGAAGAACAGCUAUCAUGGCAAACAUCAGUGUGCCUAAGUUUUGGGAGUCCAUCAGCAAUUCCACAAGAGGUAUGCUUCCGAUCUGCCAAUCAUAGCUCAACACACUCAAUGAUAAAAGCAACCAAGAGUUGAAUGCAAUCAGAUAUGAGUAAGUCAUGAUGUGAGAACUGAGACAGUCUGAAAAUGAGGAAGGGUUGUCCUGAAGUGUAAAAUGUGGUAGAUUUCCUCCAAGCAUCCAUACUCUGAAUGCCAUGAGACAAAAAACCAGUGGCUAAAAAAGAAAAACAUCCAGGUUUACCUCAAGUGAGUAAAAAGGGUAUUAACUCUGAACAUAAUCAGCUAGGUCAUUUGCUUUUUUCAACUCUUUUCUCAAAAUCCCUACAAAACUUUAAAUCCUAAAUAUAUGCCUCCACACUGUCAAAUCACAUUACACUUUUUAGAAACAAAUUUACUAGCACUUACAGACACAGAGAGAACAAUUGAUACAGUUCUUUCUCCAACAACUCUGCUGGUAAAUACAGUCAAACAGGAACAUGGGUUGUUUUUAUUUCAUAAAAACUUCCUAAAAGAUAGUUGAACAAAGAUUUAAAACAUACAAAUGGCAAACAAUACUCUUGAAAAGAGGAUCCACUUGUUUCAUGAAAUAACUUCUUUCUUUCUUCCUUUUUCACUAAAAAUUGCUUUUUCUUGAUUUUUUUCUAUCAACUUGAGGUUCAGGCUAUUUCCUCUAGACCCUUUAACUUUCAUGAGUGACCAAGACAGAAUUUCUCCUUACUAUAUCUAUAAAAAAUCAUAAAAACAAGAGAUGAGAAUAAAGAAAAAUAUCAAUUAUGGGAUUACUAGUUGAUCCAAUACCAAAUUCUCCAAACUUACAUAAUGAGAAUUGUUUGGCAGACAGUAAAGAGAAUUACUUAUGAGAUCUUAGGAGUUAAAGGGUAAAGAACAUUUUUAAGUCAUUUAAUGUCACCUAAACUGUAGCUCCAAUGUCUUGUGAUCUCUCAUAGUUUUUUUGUACUCAGCAAGUAAGGCAACAGUUCACAGAAGUUCCAAUGUAAUUUAUAUGAUAAACUGAAUCAUGUGCAGUUUGAUCCUCGUGAUCUAUUGGAGGAAAGAUGCAUAUAUGAUGUUUAGAUUAAUAACCUUUUGCUUUUUCAUUGCAUAAAACAAAUAGAUUCCCUGUUUCAUGGAAUAGUUAACAACAGAUCUUAGAAGUUUGAAGGUUGCGAAAGAGUGGCAUGACCUGAACUUACAGCUUCUGUAUGGACAAGAUGUGUAGCAAAUAGAAUUCCCGCGAUAAAUGCAAAUAUACUGGACUUGAAGGCCACCACCUUGCACACACAAGUAUACAACAGACAAACAAAUCUGUGAAGAACAACAUUGACCACAUGGUAUCCAAAAGGUUUUAACCCAUGUAUCAUGAAAUUUCUGUGAAAGGUUAAGACACAAAGCAGUCUGUGCAACUUAUGGCUUGUAUUACUCUAAUUUGGCUUGCCCCUGAAGUCAUUAGAGAGUAUGUUCAGCAGCAGAGUUUCAGGGUGAAUGUCCAUGUUUUCUUUGAUCACAAAAAUAUCAUCAAAAAAUGUCAUCAAAAAAAGAAAUUGCCCAGUAUAAUGUGGGCAGUGUAAUGUGGAGAGAGCUUAUUAUGAAGGGUUUGUCAUCAAACAGUCCAAUCUGGAGGCAGAGAGAUGGUUUCUUGAAGCAGCAAGAGAUGGUAAACCUACAGGCAGUAUAAAGGCUCAAACAGUAUUGGGUUUGUUCUACUCCAGACCUGGUGAAGACUCUUUUGACUUACAGAAGGUUGGUUAG